GUUAGUCGUUCCCCUGCUUGGACGGCGUCGUCCGUGUGGAAGGCGUGGCGCCGGCGGGGCUCAGCGUGAAUCCUGGUACGUUUCAUCCCGUUACGAGCGCCUCGCGGGGCGAUUAGGUCGGGAAGAUCCGCGAAUUCGCGAUUCUAGGAGGGAAUGGAGCGCGAGGUGCAACCUCUGAUCCAUUCUCGCUGUGGCGUCGAGAAUGCGGACGAUUGCAGCUUCUUAGAGAGUUGUGACAAUCUCGAGGAUCUCGAGAAGCAGAAAAAGCAACCAUCUCCUCCCGCGAUGGAAUUCACGAGGAAGAAAAGAUUGGUUUGUAGCAACGUCGCGAGCUGCGCGCUUUCUGAGAGAUCGUCUUCGUGCGAUCGUGAAGAAGAGCAUUGCGAGACGAAGGAGAAGAAGAGAAAGCGGGGCAGCGUUUCCAGGCGGCUCUGGCUGGCGAUGGCGUUUUGCUUGGCUCUCAUGGUGGUGGAAGUGAUUGGAGGAUUCAUGGCCAACAGCUUAGCGAUUCUGGCCGACGCGGCACACUUGCUCUCCGACGUUGCCAGCUUUGGAGUUUCCAUCUUCGCGAUCUGGGCCUCCGGGUGGAAGGCGACGGCGCGCUGCUCUUACGGCUUCCACCGGCUCGAGACUUUAGGUGCGCUCUUGUCCAUUCUUAUCAUUUGGAUCGUCACUGGAUUCCUGGUUUACGAGGCGGUUUUCAGGCUCGUCCACGAGCUCGCGCCGAUCGAUGGGAGGCUCAUGUUUGCGAUAGCCGCUGUAGGUUUCUUCGCCAACUUGGUCAUGGUCUUCAUUCUCGGCCACGGUGAAAGUCACCACCAUCGUGACAGCGACGGUCACUGCCACCAUAUUUUGCUCUCCGGCGAGAGUUACAAGCAGGAAGGCGGAUCUCUGGACUCCUCGGACACAACCGAGAAGGCACACUUGGGCGAUCUGGAAAAAGUGGUGGUGAUAGAGGAGGAGGAGGAGGAGUCUUCUACGCCGCACAGCAAUCUAAACUUGAGAGGAGCUUAUCUUCAUAUCCUGGGAGACAUGAUCCAGAGCGUGGGAGUUCUCGUUGGCGGAGCUAUCAUCUGGCGGUAUCCCCGGCUCCGGUACGUGGACGUGGUUUGCACGCUGGUUUUCUCUCUGGUGGUGCUGUGGACGACGCUGAGGCUGCUGAGAGACGUGGUGGAGAUCCUCAUGGAGAGCUCCCCUCGAGGGAUCCAGGCCGAGGCAGUGCAAAGCGGCCUCGAGCUCGCCCAUCCCGACGUCCUGGGAGUUCACGAGCUCCACAUAUGGUCCGUGACCACGGGCAAAGUUUUGCUGUCGUGCCAUGUCGCUGUGAAGCACGACGCCGAUGCCGAUUUGGUUCUCCAGAGAGUGGUCGAGUACUGCGACCGGGAGCUCAAGAUAAGUCAUGUCACGGUGCAAAUCGAGAGAAUGGAUGUGGAUCAUGUGUAGAAAAAUCUCCUUUUUUUCGCUUUUUCUUAAGCGAUAUGACACAGAGUUGGGGAGUAAGAAAUGCAAGACUACUAAGUAGCCAAGAUUUAUAUGA